UCGCUCGCUCGCUCAGCAUCAUCUCCUCUCUGGCUCGGGAUAGGAACGUAGCCUGUAGCGCACAGGAGUAUGGGUCAGCCUACCUAUCUACUUUAUUUUCAUUUUUUUCACCAGUAUGGAACAAUAGCCGCCUUGUCGCUGUAACUGUCCAUCGUAUUUCAACCGAUUCUGGAGAAAGUUUUCAGUCCGAAGACAUGGAGACUGUCACUUUCUUCUUUGCGACCUUAGCGCUCCUGUUCGUCGGAGGAAACAGAGUAGCCAGGUCAAUGAUGAGCGACAUUGGGGACUAUGUAGGUUCUGAGAUAGAGAUCUCUUGGUUGCCCAACCUGGAUGAGUUAAUGAAGGGUUAUGCCAGAAACUUCCGGCCUGGGAUAGGAGGCCCACCAGUGAAUGUAGCCAUGGCGAUAGAAGUAGCCAGCAUUGAUCAUAUCUCAGAGGCCAACAUGGAAUACACCAUGACGGUGUUCCUUCGGCAGAGCUGGCGAGAUGACCGGCUGUCGUAUAACCACACCAACAAGACGCUGGGGCUGGACAGUCGCUUCGUGGACAAGCUGUGGCUACCGGACACCUUCAUCGUCAACGCCAAGUCCGCCUGGUUCCAUGAUGUCACCGUGGAGAACAAGCUCAUCCGUCUGCAGCCUGAUGGAGUUAUCCUCUACAGCAGCCGGAUCACGUCCACUGUGGCGUGUGACAUGGACCUGACCAAGUACCCCAUGGAUGAGCAGGAGUGCAUGCUGGACCUGGAGAGCUAUGGCUACUCCUCUGAGGACAUUGUGUACUACUGGUCAGAGAAUCAGAAGCAGAUCCACGGGCUGGACAAGUUGGAACUCUCCCAGUUCACCAUCACUCACUACCGCUUCCACACCGAGACCAUGAACUUCAAGUCAGCGGGCCAGUUUCCGCGCCUCAGCUUGCGUUUCCAGCUGAGGAGGAACAGAGGCGUGUACAUCAUCCAGUCCUACAUGCCCUCCAUCCUAUUGGUCGCCAUGUCCUGGGUGUCCUUCUGGAUCAGCCAAUCAGCUGUGCCAGCCAGAGUCUCCCUGGGAAUCACGACUGUGCUCACCAUGACAACGCUGAUGAUCAGUGCCCGCUCGUCCCUCCCGCGCGCCACGGCGAUUAAAGCGCUGGACGUGUACUUCUGGAUCUGCUACGUGUUCGUGUUCGCCGCGCUCAUCGAGUACGCCUUCGCCCACUACAACGCCGACUACAGCAAGAAGGAGAAGAGGGACAAGACCGAGAAGCAGAACGCAGAGUCCAUAGUGAAGAACGGGAAGCAGGCGAUGGUGCUGUUCUCGUUGUCGGUGGCGGGGAUGAACCAGGGGCUGCUGAUCCAGAACCGGCCCCAGCAGCGGGGGGGUCAGCGGAGCGGCUCGGCCGACGCCUCGGGGGCGGUGACGCCGGGGUCAGGGGGCGGGGCGGCGGAGGGCGAGACGUCCAGCCGCGGGAGCCGCUCACGGCGGGGCGAGAGCGGGGACGAGAGCAAGUGCUGCCGCUGCGCCUUCAAGCCCAUCGACGCCGACACCAUCGACAUCUACGCACGCGCCGUCUUCCCCGCGACCUUCGCCGUCGUCAACCUCAUCUACUGGGUGGCCUACACCAUGUGAG